AUGCCAAUCGAUGACAAUUCUCCUACCACGAUGUUUACUGUUAAAUUACAAAGUGCUACACACUCUACGACAGACGUCGACUCGGAAUUGCCUAUAAAUAGUGACCGAUUCGAUAAUACAAUACCAGCGACAUUCAAUGCAGAGUCAGAGAAAGAUUAUGAUAUUAAUAUGGAAUCAGAACAACCUGAGUUGACCAGAAAUGUUAACUGGAAUAAAGACUCUAUACCAGGUUGA